GGAUUAUCAAAAAGAGUUCGAGCGCAUUGCUAGUAGAGUACGGGACUGGCCCGAGGCUGCUCUAGUGGGAACGUUUGUUGGGGGACUAAAGGCUGAGUUGGCAGCCGAAGUAAGGUUGGAUAGGCCAGGAUCGAUGCGAGCAGCCAUAGAGUCGGCUAGGUUGCACGAAGAUCAUCUCGUGGCGAUACGCAAGGCAAGGGCGAGCGAAUUGCGCACGGAGACCAAGCGCACGACGGAGGAGCAAGCGGCGCGAGCCGAAAGCAAGCCAUUGGGAGAAACCGUUCGAACGACGAGCAACAUACGGAGGCUUACCGACAAAGAGAUGCAACGACGGCGAGAAAAAGGCCUUUGCUAUUCGUGCAAUGAAAAGUUUACGCCAGGCCACAGGUGCAAAGGUAAGGAGGUCUUUUU